AUGGAUGUAUCAAUGUUAAAAUUACCUCCAAUUAUUCCCUCGACAAAUAAUGAUAGAUCAUUGAGUGUGAAAAUUGAUCCCACUGCGUAUGAACAAUGGCGUACGAGUAUCCAUCGUGAAUUAGAAGAAGAUCUUCAACGUCAAGUACGAGAACUAAUUGAAGAAUCUGAGCGACAAGAGCGGCUUGUUAAAUUACAAAAACAUCAUCGUCGCCAUUCGUCAAUGAUGAAUACUGGUCAAUGUCCUCCAUUAAAACAAGAAGCUUCUGUCGACACAUGGAGUGAAAUUGAUCGUCGCAAUGCACGUGUUCUCCAUCCACUCUAUUCUAAAUACACUUCCACAGCACCGAAACGUUUUGCAUCAUAUUAUCACCAAUUUGAUAAAGACUCGAAUAAAUCCUUCUAUUUCGAUUCCUAUCAUAGUUAUCAUUGUCAACGGCGAUCAUCUCAACCUACUGAUGAUCAAGAUUUUAUGACCCCGACUGCUUAUCUGAAUAAAUAUAUGAAUAAACCAUUGACAAUACCUCCUAUUAAUAAUGAUGCAACACUUCUAUUCGGAAAUAGUAUCAUCAAAUCGAAUAAAGCCGAUGUUUUAAGUACAUUCGAACGAAAUGCAUUGAGUGGUGAUAAUACUCAUGUCUACGUCGAUAAAAACGGUGUUGUUAUUACCGAAGAUGGUCCCUUUUGGCCAGAAACUUAUCGAAUACUUCAUCCUACUCCAAAAUUACUCAGUCGAGAUCUAAAACAAGAAAGUUUUUAUCUUUCGUCGUCAGUUUCAAAUCUUAUUAAUCAACAAACGUAUGACAAUCAACCAGCUAUUCAUAAAUAUACCGAACCGUUUAAACAUCCGGUUACCGUCUAUGACAUGGAGAAAACGGCUAAAAUCCAGCAUAUUAAACCUACGGAAAAUGAGCAAAUGUGCCCUCCAUUGAUAUUCGAAGCUCGAUUUGAAAGCGGCAAUUUACGACAAGCGAAACGAGUGGGACAAUUUGAAUAUGAAUUGAUUCUUCGAACUGAUCUCUACACUCGACGACAUACACAAUGGUAUUACUUUCGCGUGCAAAACAUGAUCGCAAAUAUCACUUACCGUUUGCGAAUUAUCAAUCUGAUGAAGAAAAGUAGUUUGUAUAAUGAAGGUAUGCAAAUUCUUCUCUAUUCGGGUGUCGAUGCUCGGAGAGAAUCUCGCGGUUGGCAACGUAUUGGUCAUCAUAUAAAUUAUUCGGAAUACAAACAACGAUCGUAUAAUUCAUUACUUGAUCGAGAUAUUAAUUAUUUUGAAUUAGAUUUUCAAUUGGAAUUUGCACAUUCUGGUGAUACGUGUUACAUUGCUCAUUGUUUUCCUUAUACAUAUUCAGAUUUGAAAGAUGAUUUGGAAUAUUUAUCUCGAACGCGUCCAUGCGAUGUGUUCCGUCAGGAGGUUCUAUGUGAAUCACAAGCAGGGAAUUCAUGUUUUAUGGUUACAGUUACCGAUGAAUCUGUACCGAUUAAUAAGAAGAAAUUUGUGUUUAUAAGCGCUCGAAUACAUCCUGGUGAGACAAAUUCAAGUUUUAUGAUGCGUGGAGUACUUGAAUAUAUCACAUCCAAUGAUAAAAUUGCUCAAAAAUUACGAUCGCAGAUAGUAUUUAAAAUCAUUCCGAUGUUGAAUCCUGAUGGAGUGAUUGUUGGAAACUAUCGUUGUUCAUUGACAGGAAAAGAUAAGAAUCGAAAUUUUCGACAUCCGAGAAAACAGACAUUCCCGAUAAUUUAUCACAUGAAAGAAUUAAUUCGUCGAUUACAAAAUGAACAACGCGAAAUUUUAGCCUUUUGUGAUCUUCAUGGACACAGUCGGAAAUUGAACGUAUUUGCUUAUGGUUGUGACGGAUGCGAUGGACCAGAACCGAAUAUGAAAGACUUUUUAGAAGCUCGUGUUUUACCAUUUAUUAUGUCAAGAACAGCACCGGAUAUGUUCGCGUUUGAUCAUUGUAAAUUUCAUAUACAUCGCUGUAAAGAAUCAACUGGUCGUGUUGUGAUGUGGAAGGAAAUGUUAAUUAAGAACAGUUUUACCUUAGAAGCAUCGUUUGCCGGUACAGGAAUUGUGGAACGACCAUCACAUUUUAAUAUGAAAGAUUAUGAAAAAUUUGGUCAAGCUAUCUGCCAUUCAUUGAGACAAUAUUUGGAUGUUGUGUCCGAUUCAUCCCGAUUAGACUCGAUUUUCAUGGAUAUUACAAAAAGUAUUGUUGGAACGUUAGAUAAAGAAAAUAUUCCAAUAGAAUUAUCCGUGCCAUCAGAUUCGGAAGAAAAACAAGUAGUAAUACCCAAACCUGUGAUCAAAUCUGUGUCAAACUGUUUGGAGAUCUUGGCCAAAUGUCACAAAACUAUCAAAGCACGCGAUGAUUCGAGUUCCAGUGAUUCAGAUAGUGACCCUGAAGGUGGAGAAAUACCAGAAAUAAGCCAUCCGAAAAUCGUAAACACUCCGAAGAAAAAACAGAAGAAACGUCGAUCGGAAAAAACUAUUGAAGAUCGUAUUGAAAAACUAAAUCGUAAACGUCAGGCUAAAGAGAACGUCGAUAAAUCUCGACCAAUUCGUGUACCACAUACAUUUGCAUCGGAAAUCGACAUAAACCCACAAUUUAAACAGAUACUUCCUAUCUAUCAGAUGGAAAAAGCAACGCGACCAUUGCCCGAACGAGGAACGUUGUUUACAAGUAAAUACGCUAAUCGAAAUGGUUAUGGUCUACCAAUCUUUACGACUGAGAGAGCAUUUGAACGGAAACAUCAGAAAAUGGUAAAUUCUGGUUUGUUGGACCCAAAUGGUGAUCGACAAACGACGGAUGAGCAUGAUACUGAUCCUGAACAAGAAACUUAUUUCACCAUCACUCGUACUUCUCGAUGCGAUCAAGUUGUUUUACUCGAUUCUACUUUAAAAAUUCAACGCGCAACUUCUCUCGCUUCCUUACCCGAGAAACAACUUCGGAAAUUCUCCUCUGAGAACGUCAUCCGAAGUGCAGUAAUCCCACCCGCUAUCGCUGAGACAACGCCCAUCCAGAAACAAUCAAAACGGAGCAAUUCUCAUUCGAAACAAAUCGAAUUAACAGACCCACCAUUCGACGCAACUUCUGCUCGAUCAUCGCCAAAACACGAAACAUUACCUCCGCGAACAAAAAUGCCCCAGAUAAACAGCAACAAUAAUCGCUAUCGACGGUCCUUCGCUCAAAAACCAUUGAAUCCUAUCGAUUCCAAAUAUAAAUAUCGAUCGAUUGAUUCGAAUCAGGAGAAUAACAAUCUAGUGGAAUCAAUUGAACCUGUUAAUCAACGUUUAAAAAGACAAUUCAACGGAUCAUUGGAGAAACCUAGACGCAUGUAA